UGCUUUUCCCCAGCCAUUUGCAUGAUGGUGCGACAGGGAACGAUUUUAUAUUACAAAGGCAAAUUUUAAAAAUGCAGCGCAGGUCGUUACAGCCAAGACCAUGACUCCUGUAGGGGGGUGCAAAGGAGGAGAGUGGCAGGAGCCUCCUCAGCCAGCUGGGGGCUGACCUGAUUCCCUAGAAUCCUCAGCUCUCUUCCUCUUUCCUCCCUACGUCCUUCCUUCCUUUUUUGCUCCCCCCCCCCUUCCUUUACCCUUCCCCAGAUGAGCAGCUCCGGGAAACAAAGAGCCCGGACUCUCCAGACACCAGUGCAGGAACUGAGCGCUCUGCAAGCAGCGGCGGCGGCGGCGGCAUCUCUUUCCGGGCCCUGGGCUCUGGGGCGCUCCAUCCCUCCCCGCCCUGCCCAGCCUCCCGCGCCCGCUCGGCUCCCUCCCCGCUCGCUUCCUCCCCCACCUUCGCAGCGCUGGGAGGAAGGCGGCCGGGGCUCAAGAUGGCUUUAGCCCGGCUCUGCGCCCUGCUCGCUUGCUGCUUGGGGCCGGCGGCGGUGCUGGCCACGGCCGCGGGCGACGUGGAUGCAUCCAAGGAGCUGGAGUGCAAGCUCAAAAGCAUCACCGUGUCGGCUCUGCCCUUCCUGCGCGAGAACGACCUGAGCAUCAUGCACAGUCCCUCGGCCUCAGAACCCAAGCUCCUCUUCUCCGUGCGCAAUGACUUCCCGGGUGAAAUGGUCGUGGUCGACGACCUGGAGAACACCGAACUGCCCUACUUCGUGCUGGAGAUCUCAGGGAACACAGAGGACAUCCCGCUGGUACGCUGGAGGCAGCAGUGGCUGGAGAAUGGUACUUUGCUUUUCCACAUCCAUCACCAAGACGGUGCCCCAAGCCUCCCUGGACAAGACCCGACUGAAGAACCCCAGCACGAGUCAGCAGAAGAGGAGCUGAGGAUCCUCCACAUCUCAGUCAUGGGUGGCAUGAUUGCUCUGCUGCUGUCCAUCUUGUGUCUGGUCAUGAUCCUGUAUACUCGCCGGCGCUGGUGUAAACGUCGCCGGGUCCCCCAGCCCCAGAAGAGUGCCAGUGCGGAGGCAGCCAACGAGAUUCACUACAUCCCUUCUGUGCUGAUCGGCGGCCAUGGGCGAGAGAGUCUGCGCAAUGCCCGUGUGCAGGGCCAUAACUCCAGUGGUACCCUGAGCAUCCGAGAGACGCCUAUCCUGGAUGGCUAUGAGUAUGACAUCACAGACCUGCGCCACCACCUGCAGAGGGAGUGCAUGAACGGAGGAGAGGACUUUGCCAGCCAGGUCACGCGCACGCUGGAUUCCCUGCAGGGCUGCAACGAGAAGGCUGGAAUGGACCUCACGCCAGGAAGUGACAAUGCCAAGCUGUCUUUGAUGAACAAGUACAAAGAUAAUAUCAUAGCUACCAGUCCUGUGGACUCCAACCACCAGCAGGCCACUCUGCUUUCCCACACCUCCAGCAGCCAGAGAAAGCGGAUCAACAACAAAGCAAGAGCUGGUUCUGCUUUCUUGAACCCUGAAGGAGACUCGGGCACAGAGGCAGAAACUGACCCUCAGCUGACCUUUUACACGGACCCCUCCAGGAGCCGGAGGCGCAGUCGGGUGGGUUCUCCCCGAAGUCCCGUGAAUAAGACCACCUUGACCCUAAUUAGCGUCACCAGCUGUGUGAUUGGCCUCGUGUGCUCCUCUCACGUCAGCUGCCCUCUUGUCGUCAAAAUCACCCUGCAUGUCCCAGAGCACCUCAUUGCUGAUGGGAGUCGCUUCAUCUUGCUAGAGGGGAGCCAGCUGGAUGCCAGUGACUGGCUAAACCCUGCCCAAGUGGUACUCUUCUCUCAGCAGAACUCCAGUGGGCCCUGGGCCAUGGACCUCUGUGCCCGGCGGCUCCUGGACCCCUGUGAACAUCAAUGUGACCCCGAAACUGGUAGGCGGGAGCACCGGGCAGCGGGGGAAUGUCUCUGCUCCGACGGCUAUAUGAAAGAUCCUGUUCACAAGCAUCUUUGCAUUCGGAAUGAAUGGGGGACAAAUCAGGGGCCUUGGCCUUACACAAUAUUUCAGCGAGGCUUUGACCUGGUUUUGGGAGAGCAGCCCUCUGAUAAAAUAUUCAGAUUCACCUACACCCUUGGGGAGGGCAUGUGGCUGCCCCUCAGCAAGAGCUUCGUCAUUCCUCCAGCUGAGCUAGCCAUCAAUCCAUCAGCAAAGUGUAAGACGGACAUGACCGUGAUGGAAGAUGCUGUGGAGGUCAGAGAGGAGCUGAUGACAUCCUCCUCUUUCGACAGCCUGGAAGUUCUUUUAGACUCCUUUGGGCCAGUGCGUGACUGUAGCAAAGAUAAUGGAGGCUGCAGUAAGAAUUUCCGCUGCAUUUCAGAUCGCAAGUUGGACUCCACUGGUUGUGUGUGCCCCUCCGGACUCAGCCCCAUGAAGGACAGCUCUGGCUGCUAUGACCGCCACAUCGGGGUGGACUGCUCCGACGGUUUCAAUGGCGGUUGCGAGCAACUAUGUCUCCAGCAGAUGGCGCCCUUCCCGGACGACCCCACCUUGUACAACAUCCUCAUGUUCUGCGGGUGCAUUGAGGACUACAAGCUUGGUGUGGAUGGCCGCUCUUGCCAACUUGUCACAGAGACCUGUCCUGAGGGAAGUGACUGUGGGGAAAGCAGGGAGCUUCCCAUGAAUCACACUCUCUUUGGGGAGAUGUUCUUUGGCUACAACAACCAGUCCAAGGAAGUGGCCACGGGCCAGGUUCUGAAGGGAACAUUCAGGCAAAACAACUUUGCUCGCGGCUUAGAUCAGCAGCUGCCGGAUGGUCUAGUGGUGGCCACUGUGCCCCUGGAGAACCAGUGCCUAGAGGAAAUCUCAGAACCCACCCCUGACCCCGACUUCCUGACUGGGAUGGUGAACUUCAGUGAAGUGUCUGGAUACCCUGUGCUGCAGCACUGGAAGGUCCGGUCUGUGAUGUACCAUAUCAAACUCAAUCAAGCUGUUGUCUCUCAGGCCUUCAGCAAUGCUCUCCAUUCCCUGGAUGGGGCGACAUCUCGUGCAGAUUUUGUGGCCUUGUUGGAUCAGUUUGGCAACCACUACAUCCAAGAAGCUAUUUACGGCUUUGAGGAAUCCUGUUCUAUUUGGUACCCAAACAAACAAGUCCAGCGGCGACUCUGGCUAGAAUAUGAAGACAUCAGUAAAGGCAACUCCCCAUCCGAUGAGUCUGAGGAGAGAGAAAGAGACCCCAAGGUGUUGACGUUCCCAGAAUACAUCGCUAGCCUGUCAGACUCUGGCACGAAGCGCAUGGCGGCCGGAGUCCGCAUGGAAUGCCAGAGCAAGGGCCGAUGUCCCCCAUCUUGCCCCUUGUGUCACGUGACAUCCAGCCCUGACACCCCUGAUCCUGUCCUGCUGGAGGUGACCAGAGCAUCCCCUAUCUAUGAACUGGUGACCAACAACCAGACUCAGAGGCUCUUACAGGAGGCUACUAUGAGCUCUCUCUGGUGCUCAGGGACUGGUGAUGUCAUUGAGGACUGGUGUCGAUGUGACUCUACUGCUUUUGGAGCUGAUGGACUCCCUACCUGUGCGCCUCUCCCACAGCCUGUGUUGAGACUCUCCAUGGUACAUGAGCCCAGCAGCACACUCGUGGUCCUGGAGUGGGAACACUCCGAACCACCAAUUGGGGUGCAGAUUGUAGAUUACCUGAUCCGUCAAGAGAAAGUCACCGACAGGAUGGACCACUCCAAAGUGGAGACAGAAACAGUGCUGAGUUUUGUGGAUGACAUCAUCUCUGGGGCAAAAGCUCCCUGUGCCAUGCCUUCACAGGUGCCAGACAAACAGCUCAGCACCAUCUCUCUCAUCAUCAGAUGCCUGGAACCUGACACCAUUUACAUGUUCACCUUGUGGGGAGUGGACAACACAGGACGACGGUCCAGGCCAAGUGACGUGAUUGUGAAGACCCCAUGCCCUGUGGUGGAUGAUGUCAAAGCACAAGAAAUAGCAGAUAAGAUCUACAAUCUCUUCAACGGCUAUACUAGUGGGAAGGAACAGCAGACUGCCUACAAUACCCUUCUGGAUCUAGGUUCCCCCACCUUACAUCGAGUCCUCUACCAUUAUAACCAGCACUAUGAGAGUUUUGGGGAAUUUACCUGGAGGUGUGAGGAUGAAUUAGGCCCCAGGAAAGCGGGGCUCAUCCUUUCCCAGCUUGGGGAUCUCAGCAGCUGGUGUAAUGGACUCCUCCAGGAACCCAAGAUAAGCUUGCGGCGUGGCACACUAAGAUACCUGGGCUGCCGCUACAGUGAGAUCAAACCCUAUGGACUGGACUGGUCAGAGCUCAGCCGGGACCUAAGGAAGACUUGUGAGGAGCAGACCCUAAGCAUCCCCUACAAUGACUAUGGGGACAGCAAAGACAUCUAGCAUCAUGGGGCCAAAGAGUGGCUGCCAAAGUAGAGGAGAGAGGCGGGGCACAUCUGGGUUGGUUUGUGGAUUUUUCAACAUUUUUAAUGGAAUAUCCAGAGCUCCACAGGCACUGUCCAAAAAGGGAGAAAGUGAUUAUUGCUCCGUGUAGGACUUCCCUAGUGUGAUGUUCUCCACCUGCAUGAUCAGUGAACCCGCCAGCCAGUGGCUUCAUGCAGCACCAUUUUUCCUUAGAGAAUUACUUUGGAACUCGUUUUGGUAUUAAUUUAUUUCAUCCACUUUCUUACCCCACAAGUUUCACCAAUAAGCUCAAGAGCUUCUUCAUGCUUUUCACAAAGAGUCUGAGGUUGAAGCACUUCUGCUCAGCAAGUUCCCUUGUCUUUGGAUGGAGGUGAAGACGGAAAGCUUCACCUAUCUCAUACCUUGCCCCAGGCAUUCCUUAGGAAGCAUCUCACAUUGAGAGCCUAAGCCCUGUGUGCACAAAGAUCAUAAGAAAUUUGGGAGGUGGCUCUUGUCUAUGCCUCAUGGAUUUUCUCCCAGGCAAGCUUGUUACCUUCUCCACAUCUCCCAGGUGAAUCUAGCUUCUGUGAUGGGCUCACCAGGCUUCCCAGAGUUUUAGGUACUCUUCCAUAUUAAUCAGGGCUUGAAUUAAAUACCCUCUGGGUGAUCUCUGUCCUCUCUUCUAAACAACAUGACCAUUGAGAACCAGGAAGGUGCAACCUAUCAGAUGCAACUCAAGAGAAGUUAUUAGUCUGAUUUGAAGGAAAUAACUAGUAUUUACUUUAAAAAAUGCAUUCCUUUACAUGAAAUUCUAUAGACCACCAACAUAGAUCCAAGUAUCGUAAUUCUACUUAGCCCCAUGCCUCUUGGCAGGAACAGAAUGGAUUGAUCUGAAAAAAAAGUAAAAGAAGCAUUUCUGUGUACCUUCUCUUUUAAAUUUUAUUAAUUACAUUGCAAGUUUUUCUAGGCUUUUCUCUGAUAAUGGUCAGCAGAAGGAUUCUGCCGUUAUCAUCUCCCUCUUGUUGCCAGGAGUAGCGCAGCUUCUGCAGCUCUGAUCACACACGAGCGUGGAGGUGGCAUGUCCACUCACUGCUCAAAGGUGGCAUGGUGACCUAGGUAACAGGGAGGCCAGCCUUUCAGAAAUAACCUCUUGGGGCCAUGUUGACCAGUGGUGACUUUAGCUGCCCCGCCUUACUUUUGGCCACUUGCCUUGACCAGGACUCCUUACAUGGAAAUACAUGACAAAGAUCAGAAAGGAGGCAAAGACCCACCCCCCCCCCGUACUCAAUGAGCCUUAUUGAUGUUUUACAAAUGGGAAUAAUAACAGAUGACAUUUAUGGAGUCCUUGCUGUGCGCUAUAAGCUUUUUAACUGAAUUCUUAUACAAUGAGCACUGAGAACAGUACUGUCCUUGUCUGCUGGAAAGUGACAAGGACAGUAAAGCUGGAAGGGUACUCAGCUAACUCUGAAGUACAAUGCACCUGCAUUAUAGCAUGAGUCCAGGUGCCUCCAAUACAGGAUUGUAACCACCCUGUGAUUCUCAGUACAGUUUUCAGUGUUAUCUUCAGCACACAGCUGUCCAACUUCUAAGCAUCACAGGAGAUCUGCCCAAAGAGCUUCAACUUCCCUGAACACCACACACAGAUGUGCCCUCUAGGCAGUGAUGGGGGAGGAGCCAAUGUACGCCCAUCACCUGUGGAGCCAGGGCACAUUGGUACCCUCAACACUGCUGGUCACUGCCUUUCCCAUCGGUGAGUGGGGGCGGGAUGACGUUACCUGCUAUUCUUAUUCAAACUUCUGCUUCUUUCCAGGGAAACGUGGAAAGACUUAGCUUAUACUUUCUACUCCACCUACCUAGGACAUUCCUCUGCUUCUAGAGCCAAGGAGAGAUGAAAUCUUGGCUGUUCCACUUGAAAUCAAUGCAGGGUCCUCAGUUAAAGUGUGUGUCAAAAGGCAGGUUGUUCACUAUCACCAGACAAGAGGAUGUUACGGGAUAAUAGGGCAGAACUUGCAGCAUCUCCCUGCUGCUAUUGUUUUGCCAUUCUUCUAUUUGGGAAUAUACAGAAAAAUGGUGUCUUUAUUUUGAAUAUAUAAAAAAACAAAAAACACAAGGCUGCUGGUACCUUUCUGCCCCAGCAGUGGUAAGAUGGGAAUUUAUGAGCCAGGCAGGGAGGGAAAAGGGUAACAUCAUGGGUAGGGAUGGUCUUGAGGUGGUUGUGCAAGUAGGUGGAGGAAUCAUCCCCCACAACAUCAAGACCCUUUAGACCACACCUGUCCACAUCUCUCAAUGUUUGCUUGGAGGAACUCAUCCCAUCUAGAAAGGGUGAUGCUACUGAGCCAGUAUUAAGUUUCCAAACUGCCAAACAGACCCCAAGGGAGUCAAUUUUCAUCCACCAAUACAUCCCCAGCUCUAGUGUAUUAUUGAGACAGUUUAUCCUUGAAUGCACACUAACUGUGUACAGCAUCAGACUCUUAUGUGAGUGUGCGAUCAUUUUUUCCACAGAGUUUUGUCCAUUCAUUAUCUUCAGUUAACUGCACUCCUUGAUAUUCAAAUGUUCUAUUAAAAAUUAAGUAUGAAAAGAAACACUUUACUACUGUAGAAGAAACAAAGAAUAUCAUGUGACCAUCUUCAAGUAUAACAGUGUUGUUUAAAAGAGAAUUAUUGUACAAUUAUGAGAAGAAUGAUAAUCGACUAAAUAAUAAACAAAACUGUUAGUAA